CUCCUACCUGAUUGGCCCUCCAGAUUCAGAACCCUACUAUACGACUUUAGCCGGGAACGACUACCUAGGGUUAGUAGUUAUCAGCUGCGGGCGCCCCAGGUGAAUUAGUCAGUCGAUCGCCAUUGCUACAAAGACCCCCGGGUGGACGGCCAAGCGAGACGGCAGAUUGAAUCGUACACUCAAUCCAAUUCCUGCAGCAUGGCAGCCUCUGCUUUCGGCGCCCUGGUAGAGUUCCAGAGCUCACCUUCGAUAGCCAGUCCGGCUGCCGUUGUACGCAGAGAUAAGCAAGGCAUCGCCCACACACCCUCCGAUCAUGAACUGGUGGAGCUACAGCAAGGAAGCUUACAGCCUGCCACUGGCGUAACCGCUCAUACUGCCCCCGAAGCGCACACUUCCAUCACCCCAGGUGAACUAGAGAGCCACUCGGCCUCACCGGGAGCAAACGAGGCCUAUGGUCCAACCCCGACGUUCAGCAACCCAUCAAAGACCAGGUGGCGCUUCAUGAGUGCCUGCUUGAUGAACUUUGCUCAGGGCUUGAAUGACAGCGCUCCGGGUGCUUUGAUCCCUUACAUGGAGGAAGACUACAACAUUGGUUACGCUGUCGUGUCUCUGAUUUUCGUUACCAAUGCUCUUGGCUUUAUACUCGCUGCCUUGGUCACACAUGUACUGGAAACGAAGUUUGGUCGCGCAAAAUGCUACUCGCUAUCCAUGGUCACGAUUGCCGCCGGCUUCGUGAUCAUUAUUUGCAAGCCUCCGUUCCCUGCUGUCGUCGCGAGUUUUUUUCUCUUGGGACUCGGCAUGGCUAUCUGUUUGGCGCUCAAUAAUGUUUAUUGUGCGAAUCUUGCCAACAGCACAGCGGCUUUAGGCGGUCUUCAUGGGUCUUAUGGGAUCGGGGGCAUAGUGGGACCGCUUGCAGCAACCGCUAUGGCGUCGCAUGGAGUACGGUGGUCCCUGUUCUACUGUAUCAAUCUUGCUAUGACACUGUUCAACUUGGCUUUCACCGCAUGGUCAUUCUGGCAUUAUGAAAAGGAGCUGCCAGCACAGCUAAUAGGCGCGCUCAACCAGGCCGCAUCCCAGCAAACCCACGGCUCCGACUCGGUAAGCAAAAGCCGUCUCCUCCAGCAAGCAAUCAAGAACAGAACCACUCUGCUGGGCGCCCUGUUCAUCUUCGCCUAUCAAGGUGCCGAAGUUUCGAUCUCUGGUUGGGUGGUGUCGUUCCUCAUCAGCUAUCGGCAAGGAGACCCGUCACACGUUGGUUAUGUCAGUGCCGGCUUCUGGGCUGGCAUUACUGUCGGACGCUUCUUUUUAUCACACCCUGCCCACUACAUCGGAGAGAAGCUUUCUGUCGUCCUACUUGUCAUUGGAUCUAUCGCCUUCCAGCUGAUGACCUGGCUCAUUCCCAACAUUAUCGGCGAUGCCGUCGCCGUAGCCAUUGUGGGACUCCUCCUGGGUCCUGUUUACCCUUGCGCCACUGCCGUGUUCAGCAGGUUGCUACCCCGCUCGAUGCAGACCUCAAGCUUGAGUUUUAUUAGUGCAAUGGGAAGCAGCGGGGGCGCUGUCUCGCCCUUUUGUACGGGUCUGUUAGCUCAGAAGGUUGGAACAUACGUUCUGCAUCCGAUCUGUGUCGGUUUGUACGGAGUGAUGCUCGUGGGCUGGAUGUCACUCCCGCGUGUUGCAAAGAGAUCGGAGUAACCCGUUUCGGUGGUAUCUCUGGGCCGGAUCUUGUUGGAUCUGGAUCUAAGCGACUAGAAGGGAAUAUGAGUGAGGUGGCAGAUGACCCUUGCACUGUUUUAGGUCAAGUAUCAGUGGAGCUGAUGCAAGCAAGGGGAUUGUCACCAUCAUCGUUUUGCAAGACCAUUGGCUUUGCUUUGACAUGCAAUGAACCUAAAACACCCCUUCGUAGCAUACUAGUUUCGUUGCAAUGUUUAUUGACAAGCGUAUCUAUCUUUGAUGUGAAAAUCAGUGUAGUGGUCGAUUUGGGGGAAAAUGUCACGGAGUGGAAGGAGGUGUGGAUGAUGCCUGAAAUAUGCAAGGCAGCAAUUCUCGCCUCCGCCCGGCGACUGCCUGCCCAAAGAGGC